AGUAAUUUUCCCCCGAUGAUCGAUGAUUAUACUCCGUCGAUUCGAGUAGCGCCGACGAAGUGCAGUUGCAGUGUUGCACCGUACGUCUAACAGUGAUGAGUCGUGAGGAGAUAGAGCUGACGCCGACGACGACGACAACGACGACAGCAGUAGCAGCCCCUACGACCCCGCUACUUGACUUUGUACCGUCAACGUUGCGCUUCAGGAAUGUCGUCUAUCGAACAAAUGAUAAGGACAUACUGAGCAACAUCUCAGGUCGGUUCCAGCACGGUCGAAUGGUAGCGCUUAUGGGCCCGUCCGGUGCCGGUAAAUCCUCCUUGCUGAAUGUCCUCUCCGGAGCUCAGAUGUUCGGUACGCUCGGUACGGUCACUAUUAAUGGCGAACCAGUGGAGGAAAACGAUCCGCGGAGUGUGUACGUGGAGCAGGAGUGUCCAUUGUUGGUCUUUCUCACCGUCUACGAGACGAUGCAGUUCGCGGUCAACAUGAAGAUGCCCCAGAGCACGCCGUUCGCGAUGAAGGUUGCCAAGACUAACGAAAUCCUGCAGAUGGUGGGACUGUACGACUCCCGUACGACACUUGUACGGAAUUUGUCCGGUGGUGAGCAGCGUCGGUUAGCCGUGGCCGUCGAGUUGAUCCAGAACCCACCGAUUAUGCUGCUAGACGAACCCACCAGUGGACUGGACAGCGUAUCGUCGGCGCAAGUCAUAACGCAUCUUAAAUCGCUGGCCAUGAGUGGACGUACGAUCGUGUGUACCAUCCAUCAGCCAGCAUCGAGCCUGUUCCAGCUGUUCGAUGAUGUGUAUCUGCUACGCCAGGGUCGCUGUUUGUACUCGGGUCCGGUAGACCACAUGUUGGAACGGUUCGCCCAGGUUGGUCUCACGUGCCCGGAGUACUACAAUCCGGCCGACUUUGCACUUGAAGCCAUCACAAGUGAUCAUACCGUAGCACAUCGCACACUGUGCCGUAUGGUGGACGAGGAGAUGCGUGAGAUCAAUGCGGCUGCACCGUCGAGUCCCACGACACUGAAUGCACUACAAGCCAACAUGGGCGGUCGCGUUCGACGCUAUCAGACCGCUUUCUACUACCAGUUGUACACGCUGAUCAAACGAUCCGUUCUGUCGUCGCUGCGCGAUGAGUUUUUUCUGCAGAUGCGUCUUGGUCUCCAUCUGGCACUGGGUCUGGUGUUCGGUGUGGUGCACUAUGAUGUCGGUUCCGAUGCAAUGAAAGUGUUCGCUAACAUCGGUUGCUUCUUCCAGCUGUUUGCCCUCGUCUACUUCUCUAAUGCGGUGGCAGUAGUGAACUAUGCGGACGAAGUAAACGUGACCAUUAAGGAGAUCGCCAACAACUGGUAUUCUCGGGAGGCUUACUAUCUCGCCAAGCUAGUGCACGAUCUACCGCUGCAACUAUUCUGCCCAUCGGUGCUGCUGCUCAUCGUGUACUAUCUCACGGGGCAACCGUUCGAGUGGUUCCGUCUCGGUAUGCUGCUCGGUGUGUUUGCGGUCGGUGGUGUGAUUGGUCAAAGUCUUGGUCUCAUCGGUGGCAUCUGUUUCGAUGUCAAGAUGCAAAACUUUUUCGUUGCAAAUGCCUGCAUUGUACCGCUCCUUUUUUCUGGCUUUUUCGUGGAUGCUAAAGAUAUGAUCUCGUUCCUGAAGCCGCUUAGCACGGUGUCCUUCUUUCGCUAUCAGUUCCAUGGUGCCCUGCAGGCACUAUACGGAUACGAAAGAGACAACAUACCGUGUAGUGUUGUGUUCUGUCCGUUCAAAAAACCUUCCACCGUUCUAGAGUACUUCAAUAUCGAUCCGCACGGGUAUGAGGAGAGCAUCGGGAAGGCGCUCCUUAUCCUUCUCGUCAUGCAGGUGAUUAUUUAUGUGGGCUUUGUGGUGCGCUUACGACGAAUAAAAUGAAGUCAUGUAUGGCGCGAUCUAACGAACAACGUGUUGGGAUGUUUGAAUUGUUUGUUUGCUACUAGCGCCACCAGAUGGUGUCUACAUCAUUAAAGGGCGAACAUUAAUAUUUUGAUGUUGCAUACACUAAGGCACAUUCUUGCCUUUUGUUUGA